AUGGCGGCGCUGCAGGAGAAAAAGUCAUGUGGGCAGCGGAUGGAGGAGUUCCAGCGCUACUGCUGGAACCCGGACACCGGGCAGAUGCUGGGCCGCACGCUGUCCCGCUGGGUGUGGAUCAGCCUGUACUACGUGGCCUUCUACGUGGUCAUGACGGGCGUCUUCGCCCUCUGCAUCUACGUGCUCAUGUGCACCAUCGACCCCUACACGCCCGACUACCAGGACCAGCUCAAGUCGCCAGGGGUGACCUUGAGGCCGGACACCUACGGGGACAAAGGCCUGGAUAUCUCUUACAACGUGUCUGACAACAGGACCUGGACAGGGCUCACACAGGCCUUGCGGCACUUCCUGGCGGGCUACUCGCCUGCAGCCCAGGAGGACAACAUCAACUGCACGUCCGAGAGGUACUUCUUCCAGGAGCGCUUCCUGGCCCCGAACCACACCAAGUUUUCCUGCAAGUUCACAGCGGACAUGCUGCAGAACUGCUCCGGCCAGCCCGACCCCACCUUCGGUUUCACAGAGGGAAAGCCGUGCUUCAUUAUCAAGAUGAACAGGAUCGUCAAGUUUCUCCCCGGCAACAGCACGGCCCCCAGGGUGGACUGUGCCUUCCUGGACCGGCCCCGGGGCGCCCCGGCUCUGCAGGUGGCGUACUUCCCGCCCAGCGGCUCCUACAGCCUCCACUACUUCCCCUACUACGGGAAGAAGGCCCAGCCCCACUACAGCAACCCGCUGGUGGCCGCGAAGCUCCUCAACGUCCCCAAGAACAAGGAGGUGGUUGUUGUGUGCAAGAUCCUGGCGGAGCAUGUGACCUUCGACAACCCCCAUGACCCCUACGAGGGGAAGGUGGAGUUCAAGCUGAAGAUCCAGAAGUAG